AUGUGGACGACACCUCUUAUUCUCCUUCUUCUUUCAUUCUACGGAAUUUCUUCUGAAUUCAUCCCGGAUGACCCUGGAUUCGUCGAUCAUCUCUUCAAUGGAAUUGUUCCACCGAGAGCUCAUUUCCACGGAUUCCUCGCCCAGGAUAACAAUCGAGAAGUCGUUGAGAAGUUCCUUGCCCGUGUGACUCGUUCAAUCGAAUCAAAAGAUGCAUCAAUCAUUGGUGGACUAUUCCAACCUGGAUUCAUCUUCAAAGGAUGCAAGGGAACAUACAACAAGCAACAAGUAAUCGGAAUGAUCAGUCAGAUUCCAGCUGGCACCAAUUUCCAUUUCGUCUUGAAGACAGUCGAAGAUGACGGAGACUCCAUCAAGUACUCUAUAUCUGUAUCCGGAUUCGGCCCAUCUCCAUUGGAUGCUGAGUUCACUUUGAACAAGGUCGACCAACAAUUGCAUUGCGGAAGAAUUUCAGCCUGCCAGAAGACCCACUUCCACGGAUUCAUUGCUCACGAAACCAUUGGAAACAUUCCACCGAGAUCCCAAUUCCACGGAAAUUCGUUUGGAAGAUUCGGUUAUUUCUAUUGA